AUGAGUUGUCAUGAGGAAUUGACAAAGCAACACUCAGUCCAUACUAACUAAUCAAGAACAUACAUAGGUUGUCAGAUCAGAUCUCCAUUUCUCUCGACCGAUCAAUCACCAUGCAAUGCAACCGCCUCUUAACAUGCAAACCCUAGCUUCCCUCUCUUACGUCUUUUAUUACUGUUUACCCAUCCCACCUUAACUUCUCCCCCCAUCUCCUCAUGGAGGAGCGGCACUCAACUAUCAGAGUUGAUUCCACCGCCGACGACCCACCUCUCCACCCAAGACCCUCACCGCCCAACUACAACCCGGUUUUCUGGCCAAGGCCCUUUCCUUCUCGUAAGGGUUCAAUCCAAGAUAGGUCAAGCACUGCAUCCAUUGAAUCAGAGACUUAUGUUAUCCAAAUUCCUAAAGAACAAAUAUUUAGCGUCCCUCCACCUGAGAAUGCUAUCAUUGCCGAACGUUAUCGAAACCCGGAAACGACAAAGAGCCCUCGCCGCAAGCGGUUGCUGUGUGCUAUCAUAACGUUCGUCGUGUUUGUUGCCAUGAUUGGGCUAACUAUAGGAGCUCUUCACGUUGUUUUCAAUCCUGAAGUUCCUUCUUUCUCCAUUGUGAAUGUUCAUCUCAUCAAUAAUCCGCAUUCUUCUCAUCAUAAAAAGAAUACGCAUAUUGGCUACGAAAUAUCGUUGUCGGCAAAGAACAAAAAUGCAAGAAUGCAAAAUUCUUAUGGCAAUGGUCAUACAACAUUGCUAUUUAAGGGGCACAAGAUAGGAACAGGAAAAUUCCCAGAAUUUGGUCAAGAUGCUGAUAGUUCAAAGAAGAUUCAAUUGAGUCUAACUAGCUCAAAUGGAGCACUGCCUCAUGACAUUGAAGAAAGUAUUGGAGAUGAAAAGGGAAAACGACAUGUCACUUUAUCAUUAAAAAUGAAUUUUCCGCUGAAAAUGAAGCUGUGGAGCAAGGUAAUUGAUGUUGUUUGUAAUUUCAAGGUGGGGUCGUUGGGUUCUGCAGGUGGGGCCUUAUUAUGUGCAAUUGCUAAGGAUGAGAAUAAUCAGAUAUUCCUAAUACGUUGGGUUAUAGUAGAGGCAGAAAAUGAAUUCUAUUGGACAUGGUUUCUGAAGCUAGUGACAGAAGAGCUGAACAUGACAUAUAGGCUGGGCUGGUCCUUCAUCAGUGAUCAACAAAAGGUAAUAUGGGCUUCUCAAUGUUAUUUAUAG